AUGGCAUCAGAGGACAGUGAUACACCCCAACUUCCCACCGGUCUCCAUUCUUCAUCCAAGAAUUCUUCAAGUGAUGCAAGGUACCAUGUUGGGGACUCUCCUUAUCAGACAGCAUCAGAGGGCAGUGAUGAUGAUACACCCCAGCUUACCUGCACUGGUCUCCAUUCUUUAUCCAAGAAUUCUUCAAGCAUUGAAAGAAACCACUUAGGGGACUCUCCUGAUCAGAGAGCAUCAGAGUGCAGUGAUGGUGAUACACCCCAGCUUACGACUGGUCUCCAUUCUUCAUCCAAGGAUUCUUUAAGUGAUGCAAGGAACCAUGUUGGGGACCCCCCUGAGCUUAAUAACGUUCUUCUCUCCUUCGCUGAUAUUAAGGCAAUAACCAAACCUUCAAAAGGUGCUGAUCUGCCUGUUGAUAUUCUGUUACUUACAGUUACAAACUGUGAGUUCCUAGCUUGCUACAGUGAGCUUAAAAACCCCUAUAGAUGUUGGUUUGAUGGUCUUGGAUAUGUUUACUUUUCUCAUGUGAGUGAAAGUCAAGAGCAGUUGAAAGUUGCUUUACUAAGAUGUUACAGAAAUGGCAUUGGUCCUGGUGGUGCUCUUGUAUCUGUUAAGAAUGCUGUCUCUGUGCUAAGACCCAAAGCAGUCAUUUCAGUAGGAACAUGUAGUGGCCUCAACCCUGCAAAGUCCAGGUUAGGAGAUGUUGUUGUGUCUGCCAAAUUAGCAACAUAUGCAUCAAAGGUACUGACCAGCAAUCAAGAGCAGUCAACUGGUUUGAGAAGUUAUGUGAGCAAAUCCUUUCUAAAUGUCAUUAAGAAUUGUGCUGAUGGCUGGCAAGCACCUUUGAAGGACUUAGCUGAAGCUCAACAAGUUCAAGUUUAUACUGAUGCUGAGGUUCUGAGUGGACCGGAACAAGUCAGAGCUGAGUGGCGGCGUGAUCAGCUUGCUAAAACCAAUCCUCAGGCUAUGGCAAUCGAAAAUGAAGGAGAAGGUGAGUUCAUUUUUUAUGCAGCCAGUGUUAGGAAGUGUGUGCAGUCAGGUCUCUUUGAACUCUGUAGAUGUGUUGGCUGCUUUUGAUUCAGUGUUAAUUUCAAGGUGUUGUUCAAUUGUUUGCUUGCUUCAAAAUAAAUUAUAUUUGCUGAAAAGAUGGGCCUGCUCGCGAUGUAUAGUCUUCAAUGCUCUGUUGGUAGAGUACUGUCAUGUUAAAAUCUCCUUGAAUUCCCCCCUCCCCCCACUAUUUAUUUAUUUUCAGGUUAAUUUGCAAUUGCUUUGAUUGCUAGUAUUACAAUACAACAAUCUUAUCUGCGAAUUAAACGCAUUGACAAUAGAUAGGCUUGUGGAAGAUGCCUGGUGAAACUGAAAAGAGCUGCGAGCCAGCCUGGAAGGUAACCAUGACAACCCCGUAAGCAGCACUCUUCAGGCACAGUCACACUGAGACCUAUCAGUUGAGAAAUGUGCACUAGACACGUAACAAAUAAAAACAUCCAAAGGGAAGGGAGGGAUGGGAGCAAAAACAGUUAAAGCUACUGCAUGUGAAAGCAACAUGAGCGAAUGAUUGACUUCAGACCACCCCAAAUACAAUUAAUGGUGGAGACCACUAGCUGGCAAGCAUUGUCGGUUUAAUCUCACCUAAAUUACAUUAAGCCACAUUUAUGCCCAUUGACAAUAGUUGGGUGUGGGGAAGGUGCAUGCUGAAACCUCAAAGGCACUGCAAGUGAGCCUGGAAGGUAAUGAUGACAACCCUGUGAGUGGCACCCACCCAAACCAGUCUACAGGUGCUUGAAGAAAAAAAAGGGGACAGCGAACAGGAAGUCACAGGACCUGGUUCCCCCAAGGGCAUUAGGCACCAACCCCAAACUCCCUCGCAAUAAAAACUGGAAAAAAAAAAAACAACUCACCACUGAAGAAUGGAGGCCGUAAUAGUGAACAGGAGAGGAAAGAAGAUGGCAAACCUUGUGUGACAAAAAAGUGUGACAAUAAUUUUGUUUGAAAUAACUUUUUGCCAAACUUCACUUUCCUUUAAACAGAUCUUUUGUAAAAGACCAGAAAACAUUAAGUGAAGGUCUCGACAAAACAUGAAAGUUAUAGCCCUGUGACAUUUGUCACACACAAGUGUUUUGCUGUCCUCUUCUUCCUGCUGUCUUUUGUGUAAACUCACUAAAACAUGCCUGAAGCAUGUCCGCGAGAGCAAAGCCGUGAGCUGUCCAUAACCUCAAUCCAAACUGACACUACUGGGAAGGAGGCAGUACAGUUCACAUCCUCUACAUUGUUCGUCUAUCUUCCAACUCCAAUUAGCUUCGUUUUUUUUCCUUUUUUAUAGGAAGUUAGGCAAAAUAAUGUAAGCUAUAUUGAUGUAGGACCGUCUUCAACUUUAACUCAAGUGUCAUUUUCUUUGUUGUUGUAUAGGAGUGUUUACAGCAGCAUUUGACUGUCAAAUUGAGUGGUUAAUUGUGAAAGGGAUAGCUGAUUAUGCAGAUGGUUCUCAGUUGCCUUCAGAGAGUUGGUCUUCCUGUGCCAGUGUGAUGGCAGCAUCUCUUGUUGCACACAUUUUGAGUGAGCCCUGUGUUUUUUAUUCAUGGCCUCAUUACCAAGGUAAAUAUUUCUCAUAAUGUUAUGUCCCUUUUUGGCAUGUUGUUUUAUGGAAACUAGGGGUGCGUUACAGUGUACUUCCUUGAUGCUGUCAUGAGCUCAUCACUGCAUUAUGGAUAGGUGCCACACAUGACAUCUUUUUCUGUUUAAAAUAGCUUUUUAAUUAGAUUUGAUUAUUAUUGGUGUAGAUUAUUGUUAGGUUUCUUUAAGGAACGUACAAUUCAACCUGUAAGAACAUUGAUGAGAAGAGACCUCUUGUCAUUUUAAACCAAAAAGAGAUUAAAGUACAGUCAUGUGACUGAACCCAAAAAGUUGUGGAUUUUGUUGUGAAAUAGGGUAUAGAUUAGAAGAACCUUUUCAGGUUGAACAACCGCCACCAAGUGUUCUUAGCUGAUGAGUCAGUUUUUUUUCCAGCAGUUGUAUUGAGCUGACCACAAAGCUACAUGUGUAUAUUUCUUUUUUUAAGUGUUAAAACUACACUUGUCUUGAUAUGCACUUCUAGUGACAUUAUUAGUAGCAGUUAUUGCUAGUAGAUUUCUUGAAUGUAAGUGAGAAAUGUCUUUUCGUUGAAGAUAUACCUGAGCAGAGCUCAGCCAGCGGAUCAAAGGAUCAGUUACCAAGUCCCUCAGGUACCAAUUUAUGGCUCCAUUCUACACGAAUCCAGAUACUUUUUGAAAUCACAUAUUCUUUUUUACAUGAAUUAAGGCCACGAAUGAAUGAGCGGAUUCACUGGUUUAGUGUUGAGGGGAGGCUGUUUUGCGAUAAAGAAAAUGUGCAGUUUCAGAAAUAUCCGGAUUCAUGUGGACGGGGCCUUAAUGUUUAAUGCUACAUUGUACAUGUAAGCAAUCCAACAUGUUACGGGUUCAAGAUACAUUUUCCGUUCAUUUUCCCUUCUUCUUGUUUUUUUCUCUUGUUUUUUGUUUUCUUGUUUCUUUCUCUUUUUUUUCUUGUCUUUGGUUUUAGGUUUUUUGUUUGUUUGUUUGUUUUUUUUUUAUCAUGGUAAAUGUUUUUGGAACUCUCAUAUCAGGGUUGUUGUGUAUAUUAGCUAAUAAUUGGCAAAAUUUUCUGGUCCUUAAGGGGGGGGAUAAUUCGAAAGGGGGCACUUAUGUGAAGGAGUGUGCUAAUUCGAACGUUUCUGGUACAUGAGUUCCAUUUACAGUCAAAGCAGGUCAAGCGUACCCCCCCAAGAUUGUAUUUACCAGAGUAAUGAACUGAUUAUUUGAAAAAUGAAUCCGUUAGUCGUUCCCGUAACUAGCGUCAAAUUCAACUCGGCAUCAAUGGGCAUUAUUGCAUGCGUAAUGAGCAAUGAAUAUUUUACUAAAACUUUAAUGUCUUUGGUCAGAUUGAACAUCUUUGAAUUUGCUUCGAAGACAUUUAUAUCAAUUCAGGGAAACUGAGCUGCUAGAGAUUUCAUAACUAGCCUGCGUAAACAUCCCUUUCUCCUCGCUCUUCGCCGCUGGGGACGUUUCGCGCGGAGGAACGUCUGCGACUCAGCGGCAGAAAUUCCAUACUGAUGACGCAAAUCAAUGUUUACAUAACAAAUCGAGUAGUAUAUAAAAAUAAAUUUGUCCAAUUUUAGGUGUCUUCUGGUCUAUUUUGGUAAAAUGUUGUGUUCAUCGGCCAACGAGCUUCAGCGAAACUCAAAUGCUUCUUCUAGAGAAGACUAUAUUCCACAAAUGUUGACUGUUUUGUUAGAGAUUCUUCGCGUUUACAUUUGACCUUGUGGCCUUUUGUCUCUUGUCUGUCAUUCGUAAACAAUAGCUAAAACAAUGUAACUACUCCGUCGACCAAUCAGCUCUUCUGACCGGAUUCCGGACAGAUUUUACGUCAUCAUUAUCGAAUUUCUGCCGUUUAGUCGCAGACGUUCCCACGCGCGAAACGUCCCCAGCGGCGAAGAGCGAGGAGAAACGGAUGUUUUCGCAGGCUAUUUCAUAACUGCCUCGCGUGUGAAUUCACGGCUCAUUAUGCAUGCAAGAAUACCGAGAUUAAUCUAAACAACUACUACCAACCACCAACUACCAACAACUACCAGCUACCAACUACCAACUAACAACUACCAACAACUUUCCAAUAAUGAAUUCAUUAACGGAAUCUUAGGGGGUACGCUUGACCUGGCUUGACUGUAAUCAAAAAAGACCCUCUUUCCUCUCCUCUGUUAAGUUCACUUGUCUAAUUAGCUACUAUUUGCACUCUGUUACUUAGCUUAUUUGUUAAAUGGAUAAAGUUUCCCCAUCCUUAGUCUGAGCAACGGAUUUACAGUACAAAAUAACAACCACAACACAGCUUCUAAAGCCAGAUGUAACGUCAAUGAGCGAGUUAAAAUCAUCAUGACAUUUUGAUUUUUCAUUACUACGUUGGAAGGGGAGGCCAGUACAAAUCUAGUCAGCCUCGCAACAGAAGGUUGUUUAGAAAACCGCUGGUGUAAAACUUGGUAAUAAGCUUAACGCAGGUAGAAUCAUGCUUCUUGCUCUAGUGUCGCCCUGAUAAGGCCCGGUCUUCAAUUCUUGAGAGAAAAUGUCCACGCUUAGAUAAAAGUGACCGUACUGGGACGUAAACUGCCAUUAUCAUUGCUACCACAAAACUUGUACAAUUAACUUCCUAUUGCUUAAUGCGUUUUAGAGGAUUUAAGUUUAAAGAGUUUUACUUUUUUUAUAAACAGAUCCUGUAACUGCUUUUUUGGAGUGGAGUCAAAAUCAGCUGUGCUCAUUUUACAACAGUACCGCGAGCCAGUUAAUGGUUACUCCUUGGGACCGAGAUAAUACCAUGGACAUUGAUGAGGUGUAUGUACAGUUAACACUGCUAAGAGAUGACAGAAAACUUGCUGGAACAACAAAAGAGAAGCUUGAAGAUUUCAGCGAGUUAUUCACAAGCCAUGGUCAUCACCUAAUUCCUAAGAGAAUUUUAGUGUAUGGGAGGCCAGGAAUAGGAAAGUCGACAUUCGCAAAGAAACUUGCCGUUGACUGGUCUCGCGGCAACAAAGAAAUCCUAAAGAAGUUUGCUGUUGUACUUUUAAUCAAGCUCCGAGAUGUUUGCAACACGCAAGACCUCUGUGCCAUGCUACAAAAGGCGGAGCUGUUGUCCGCAGGUGACCCUAUGGUGUUUAGCCAAUUGUAUGAUUACAUUCUUCGUAACCAAGAGGAAGUCCUACUUAUUUUAGACGGCUAUGAUGAAUAUAGCGCCGAAAAAUCAUCACCAGUUCAUCUUAUUUGGAAAGGCAGCCAGUUGAGAGAUUGUACUCUUCUUCUAACGACACGACCGCGGAAGAAAGAUGAGUUAAGACCAGGAAGUCAUGCUCAGUUUGAAAUUAAUGGGUUUGAUCAGUGGCAAGUUAAAACAUUUGCUCUUAAGUUCCUUCGUGACCAAACAAAAGUAGACGAGUUCGGACAUUUUUUAUAUGAACGCGACCUGUGGGACUUAGCGGAAAUACCACUUCUUCUGUUAAUGUUAAUUCUAAGCUGGGACGUUAAUGAUUAUCAAGGACCAUCAGCAUCUCGCGCCCUUCUGUAUAACAACUUUUGUCAGACGCUGCUUGAUCACGUUACCGCCAAAACCUCAGACGAGACAUUUAGAAGCAUGGAUGAAUACAAAGAAGACCUCGCAAAGUUGGGGGAACUUGCCUGGGACGCACUCUUAAACAAUUGUCUGUACUUCAAGCUCAGCAAGCUGCCUGAGGACAUUCGGUCACUCAUCGAGAAAUUUAUCGAUUUUGGCUUUCUUCAAACAUCUAAUCCCUCAAGUUCUCCUCGUCCUGAGAGACUGGCGUUCUUUCUUCAUAAAUCGGUGCAAGAAUUUCUCUCCGCCUUGUUUUUAGUUCGUGACUUAAAAAAUGCAAGGGAACCAUUCAACUGUCUGUCUAAAGUCGACUCAGCUCAACGAUUCAGGGAGCUAUUUGAAGUUUUUAAAUUUGUGUCUGAGUUGUCAUCAGAAGCUACCGUUGCUGUUUUUCUCCAUCUGAAGAUGAUAGGAGAAAAAGAAGGUCUGACAGAUUACAACUUCGGUGAAAACCCUUCUGUUGAGGAGCUCACAAAAGGACAAAGAAGGUUUAAUCGUACUUGUCUUGAUUUUUUCGCUUCCUGCCCUGCCUCAGACAGACAAGCUGUCUAUCCUUCUUUUCUACAGUGCGUUAAUUUUGUAAUCGUGAUAGAUUUUGACAUUCCCUCUCUUUUGACUUCUGCAGUUGCUGGAGAACAUUGUUUGAGAUCAUCAAGUGUCCAUAAGCCAGAUUAUGUAUUUUUUAAAGCAAUCUUUGAACCUGAUGUGGAAGAAUACAAGCGUGAUCAAAUGUUCUCUAUCUUGUCCGAUUUGGACACUGUUGUUAUGACGUGUUAUGGUGAUACAAAAUCUGUAGAUAAGUACCGCCAACUAAUAGCUGACCCCUUUUUCGUAAAGAAAGUUGGACAGCGAUCAGUGUUAUGUUUGACUCUACUUCAGAUAUGGGAACACACUGAUGGUCCGAAAUGCGAUGAACUGCUUAUAUCAUUAAUAUCAGCACCAAAUUCUUCUGAGCCUGAUCACGUGUCAGAGAAUCAUGAUGUUUGCAGCUCUGUCAAUUUAACUGAAAAGUCUGACCAGACUCUGACACACUCUCUGUCAUUUUUGAGAAAGAUUUACAUUUAUGGCCUAAAAAAUGAACUUCUCAGUUUCCUGAAUAAUCUUCACCAUUUUCCUCGACUAUCCGAACUCAAUUUACUUCAUGUUGGUAUGGAGAAUCAAGAGUGUCAGUUACUUGCCACUGCUUUAAAAUAUGUUGAUAAGUUACGCCUACUGAGUUUAUCGUACAACCCACUUGGUCACGGGAUAAGUGAGCUUGCCAAACACCUGCAGUGUGUACCUCAUUUGGAAAAGCUGUACCUGAGGGAUACACAGAUGGGUGAAGAGGAAGUUAUAGCGUUAGCCCAUAGUUUAAAGAAUGUGACUCAGCUGAGUGAACUUGACUUAUCAAAUAACCCACUUGGUCAUGGGAUAAGUGAGCUUGCCAAACACCUGCACAGUGUACCUCAUCUCCAAAAUUUGAUGCUUUGUGGUACAGAAAUGGGUGAAGAGGAAGUCACAACUUUAGCCAAUAGUUUACAGAAUGUUGCUCAGCUUAGUAGACUUGACUUAUCAAAUAACCCUCUUGGUCACGGGAUAAGUGAGCUUGCCAAAGGUUUCCCCACCGUAUCUCAUCUCCAAAAUGUGAUACUGUGUGGCACAAAAAUGAGUGAAGAGGAAGUCACAACUUUAGCUAAUAGUUUACAGAAUGUGGCUCAGCUGAGUAGACUUGACUUAUCAAAUAACCCUCUUGGUCACGGGAUAAGUGAGCUUGCCAAACACCUACACAGUGUACCUUAUCUGAAAGAGCUGCACCUGAAUAAUACACAGAUGGGUGAAGAGGAAGUUACAGCUUUAGCCCAUAGUUUAAAGAAUGUGACUCAGCUGAGUAUACUUCACUUAUCAAACAACCCACUCGAUCACGGGAUAAGUGAGCUUGCCAAACACCUGCACAGUGUACCUCAUCUGGAAUGGCUGUGGCUGAUUGAUACACAGAUGGGUGAAGCGGAAGUUACAGCUUUAGCCCGUGCACUCGUGUACCUUCCAGUACUGCAAUACCUUCAACUUAACCAAAAUCCACUGGGCCGUGGAGUAAGUGAACUGAUCAAGUGUCUCAGAAGUAGACCUCAGUUUAGUGGUCUCUGUCUCUGUGAGGUUCAACUGACAAAGAGAGAAGCCACUGAGCUGUGCACUUUAGCAAAUGAAGCGAAAAUGCUCUUGGAG